CCGAGUACCGCUUCUUUGAAACUGGUGGGGAAAGUGUUUCUCCCUCCAGUACCGCACUCCAGCAGUCAAGUGAAAACAAAUCCGUGCCUAACCUCCGACUGGCUUCUGUUAGAUGUGAACACUAUCGAGGGAAUUCGACGCUUUUAAAGUUUAGCUGGUGUCAAGUAAACUAAAGCAUAUCUCGGACUCCUCUGAGCGACGAGCCUGAAAUGCUUGUUUGGCAUCUGGGGCACAAACUUCAGAACCAUAUGCAAUGAUUCGAGGCCUUGAGCUGCAUCCCGUAAGAUGGCUUUCGACAUUUCUCUGCGUUGCUACUCUCCUGGGGGCGUGCCGCGGCCUGGAGCUGACGGCGCGCUUCUCCCAGAGCGGCAUCCACGGCGAGGUGCGCUUCACGGCGGACGCCAACGGCACGGGGACGGGCACCCUCGUCAACACUUACCUGGAGGUCGUCGACGACCUUGAGGCCUCCGCCGAGACGCCCGACGUGUGGUCGUGGAGCAUCCGCGAGUACCCCGUGGACUACUCCCUACUCGGAGGCCGAUGUGAAGACGAGCAACUAGGCCGAAGUGUGGUGGAGCUGGACGCGGUGCUGGGCCGCCUGUCGCUGCCGGAGCUGGCGACGAGCGAGAUCGUGGUGCCCGACGACGCCCCGGUGUCGCUGACGGGGCCCCGCGGCGUGUGGGGCCGCUCCCUACUGCUCGUCAACGAGGCCGACGGCCGGCGGGCCUGCGCCACCAUCACGGUCUCGGGGCGCGCCGACGAGCGCGUGGCGGAGGCCCGCUUCAACCACGUCGCCAUGUCCGGGUCGGUCUUCUUCCGCUGGGUGGGCAGCCACACCCGCGGCGUGGCGGACCCGUCCGACGCCGUCACCCACACCGACACCCUCAUCCUGGCGGACCUGCGGCGCGCGCCGCCCGCCAACGCCACCAAGACGCGCGGCCCCGUCGUCGCCAACCAUGAGUGGCGCAUCUACGUCACCGACAUCCUGGACUCCGAGUCGGACAAGUCCCGAGGCAACUGCAACUUCCUGCAGUUGGUGUUCAGCCCGGACGCGAGCACGGCGACGCUGGGCGACUUGACUGCCCGCCUGGGGACGGUGCCCGUGGCGCAGCACCCCGCCACCGCCAAGGCGGUCUUCCGCGACCCGGUGCUGGACAGGCUGCAGUUCGACCUGGCGGGCAACGGACGCAGCCUGUACCUCGUCCUGCUCGACAUCCAGCACCCCGAGAGCUUCCUGGCGUGCGCCAGAAUCCGCCUGGUGCCCCCCGUCACGACAGUGGCCAACUUGAUGACGGCCGGGGUGCGAGGCCGGCUGUCGCUGUCGCAGCGGUCGCGGUUCGACCCCACCCUGGUGCGCUACGACGUGCGCUUCCCGGGGCCCGACGCCGCCGCCGUGCUGCGCGGCCUCCGCGUCCACGAACUGCCGCCGCCGCCCACCCCACUGGGCGCACGCGACACCCCGUGCAACCACACUGGCGCCACCUACGACCCGGAGGAGAGGGGCAUGGCCGAGCCCCAACGAGGGUUCCGCGGGCAGGACAAGUACGCCGUGGGUGACCUGUCCAGCAAGCUGAUCCCGCUGCUGCAGGACCUGCAGUCCGUGUCCUUCGACCUCCAGCUGCAGCUGUGGGACAUGUUCCUGCCGCUGCAAGGCCCUCGCAGCGUGGUGCACCGCACCUUCGUCAUCCUCAAGCCGAGCGGACCGGAGCGCUGGGUCCCUUGGACUUGCGCCCCGUUGGCGCGGUACGUGUCCGAGAACGGCUACAAGAUGGCCGUCGUGACGGCGGAGGCCUCGUUCCGCUACCCCUUGGCCGGUCGGAUCGUCUUCCGGCAGCCCAGGGACGACCCCAACGCCGACACCACGAUCAUCGUGGAGCCGCUGCUGCACUCCCACGGCCCCGCCAACAACACCCAGGACCACCGCUGGAUGGUGCACGACCUGCCGCCGGGGAAGGACUACUUCAACUGGACGGCGCGCUGCGUCAGCGCCGGCCAGGUGUUCGACCCGUACUACAUCCUGCCGGUCAACAGCUCCACGACGGCGGCCACGGUGUGCAGCCCCGACGCGCCCGGCCUGUGCCGCGUGGGGGACUUGACGACGCGCCACGGCACGCUGCACGUAGCGGGGCGCAGGAUGAACGCCGCGCCCCUGACGCGCCGCCUCUUCACCGACCGCCACCUGCCCCUCAGCGGCGCCGCCAGCGUCCUGGGCCGCUCGCUGGUCCUGUUCGAGGACGACGGGCCCAAGGCCAGGGGCGAGCGGAUGGCCUGCAGCAAGAUUUCUGGCGUGUACAGGAGGAAGGGUGUGGUGAAGAAUUGGUUCAGCAACGGCGGAAAAGCUACUGUGACCGGCAAGAUGGAGAUACUCCAGCAGUCGGACUACGACAGCACUGACCUGGAGGUCGGCCUGGAGGGCCUGGACGACGCCAACGCGUACGAAGUCCACGAGGCGCCAGUUCAAGAACAGCUGGAAUUCCCUUGUGAAGACACGACGCUGGAGGGUGUUUGGGCUCCCCCUUCGUUCGAGCCGACCGUCGCUCCAGGCAUCGGGACUCCAGACCAGCACCCCUUGGGGGACCUCGGCGCCAAGUUCGGCUACCUGGACAACCAGACGCACCUGAACGUCGCCUACAACGACACCACGUUGACGUUGUUCGGACCAAACGCCAUUAUUGGGCGCUCGGUCGUUAUAUCUCAAAAGGCAAAGAACAAGAGGUGGGCCUGUGCUUCCAUUGAGCGGGGCUAUGCUCCUUCUGAAGCUCGGGAGUUGAGAGCAAUUGCAUCAUUUCAUCAUCCUGCAGGAUUUGCUUAUGGAUAUAUUAAAAUGACUCAACUGAUUUAUUCCGAUAACAGUCAAAGUGAUACUGUCAUUGAGGUCAAUUUACGACAUCCGGGAAAACACGAUCGAAAUAUUACUCGAAACCAUAAUUGGGCUAUUUAUGUCAAUCCUGUUGGAGUUGACGCAGCUGUUAAAGUUCUCAACACUAGGUGUACUGCUGCAGGGUAUAUUUGGAACCCCCAUUUUACGCAGCUAGCUGAUCCUAGAAAUGAUGAAUUGUAUUCACAAGAGUGUAGCCCAGAAACUCCCCUGCGAUGCUACACAGGAGACAUUUCAGGUCGAUUGGGGCCUAUAGACCUUGGAGUGUCUCGGAAGGUAUUUACUGACUCAAGUUUCCCUCUGGAGGGCAAAGUAUCUGCUAUGGGUCGCUCAAUAGUUGUUUUAAACAAGGACUUUGGCUCAGAACGAUUUGCAUGUGCCAAUAUAGAACCAGACAAUGAUAUAAUCAAAUAUGCAAACAUACGCAAACCACCACGGUUUGUGGUUUCUCAGUUCAUUGAGGAUGUGCGAGAGGUCAUGGGGGUUCCUGAAUGGAUGCUUACAGUUGACAGUCGAAAGACCAAAACUUUAUACAAUGGCAACUGUAUACAAUUCCUGCUCCAUUUCAAAGGUCCUAUUGCUCAUCAAAUAGAACAAGAUUUUAGUCGGCUAUUAAACACAGGAAAAUUAUCUAGUCCGACUCUGUACAUUCCGGGCUACACAGUUACUACAAAGAGAAAGUCCUCUUUACCGUACAAAGUUUGCGGAACAACAGACCCAGCUGAAACUAUGAAAAAAUCCUCAGAGGGUGGGAUUCUCAUAAGCCUUCUGUCAAUCCGAAAAUCAUCCUCGGCCCCAAACACUGGGUUUCACUUCUUCCAGAUCCUUCUUGUAUUUGUUCCUUUGUGGCUCAGCAGAUAAAGCUGCUUGGGUUCACAAUCCUAUAGUAGUACAUCGAAAUGCUGACUGCAAUCAUCUACCGGUAUUGCGAUUUAUUUUUUUAAAAAAAUGCAGUCAACAUACUGUGAUCUGUGUUUUACAUUGUAACUAUUGUGAGGCUGUGAUAUUUUGACUUGAUCGUUUUCAUAAUACUGCUCACAACUGAUUAUGCUGGCAUAACCAGGUAUGUACUUAUUUUAUGUUUACUUUACUCUGUGGUUCUGAGAAUGAGUUUCUUCUGAAUUCAGCUAUUCUUUCAGCUGACUGUACUGAAAACAAUAAUACUUAUUAGUAAAGUCUUUCUAGCUUGGAUAUUUAACUGGCACUCUUUUUUUACGUGAUAGUUUGUAAUAUUUAUUAUUGUAAUAAAGUGUCCAAUUUCAUGUAAA